CCGGGGCAAUAAUUGAGCUCCGUUAAACAAGUCAAAACGGCUGUCAUUGACGUUAAGGGAACACCCCGAGAUGGGGAAUCGGGUUGUCCUCAGCCAAGUGUCGCAUUGUCAGAGUGUUGUGUGUCGGGAAUAUGAGGGAAAUGGAAGGUCAGUUGUUGGUAUUUUGAGAUCGGACCAUCGGACAACCGCACUUGCGGCACGUACCUUUCCCUUUUUGGUAACUCGCCUAUGUCGCUGCCCCGGGUCAGGAGAGAGCCUGCAGGAUCAAACGUCCCCUCCCUAGAAAAGCUGGAAUACCAGCAGGGCAAAACGGGCUCCUGUCCCAGAGCCCAAGACCCUCAGAAGUCCUGAAGGCCCCAGGUUGUGUUUAUAGCAAAUAGUUUGUGAUAAUUGGAUGGAUUUGAAAGCACAAGUUGAAGUCAUCGCAGAAGGACAAGGUUCGGCAGUUCAUGUCCUUCACACAGGCCGGGGAGAGGACAGCCGUGUACUGCCUGACGCAGAAUGACUGGAAACUAGAAGUCGCCACAGACAACUACUUCCAGAAUCCAGAUCUCUACUACAAAGAAUCCAUGAAAACCUCAGUGGACCGCAAGAAGCUGGAACAGCUCUACAACAGAUACAAAGACCCCCAGGAUGAGAAUAAGAUAGGCAUUGAUGGGAUCCAGCAGUUCUGUGAUGACUUGACCUUGGACCCAGCUAGCAUGAGCAUACUUGUGGUGGCAUGGAAGUUCAGAGCGGCCACACAGUGCGAGUUCAGCAGGAAAGAGUUCCUAGAUGGCAUGGCUGAGCUGGGCUGUGACAGUCCUGAAAAACUCAAGGCAAUCCUUCCCAGACUAGAGCAGGAGCUGAAAGACACAGGGAAGUUCAAAGACUUUUACCAGUUUACCUUCAAUUUUGCCAAGAAUCCCGGCCAGAAAGGUUUAGACCUAGAGAUGGCUGUUGCUUACUGGAAUCUAGUUCUCACAGGUCGCUUCAAGUUUUUGGAUCUCUGGAACCGCUUCCUGCUGGAGCAUCACAAGCGCUCAAUUCCCAAGGACACAUGGAACCUCCUUCUGGACUUCGGCAAUAUGAUUGCUGAUGACAUGUCAAACUAUGAUGAAGAAGGAGCAUGGCCUGUCCUCAUAGAUGACUUUGUGGAGUUUGCUCGGCCGAUUGUCACGGGGACUAAGCGCAACAUGACAUAGUGUUUGUUCCUGGCUUCAUGCAGCGGGUGGAGUUUGUGUUUUCUCCCAAUUGUCUUUUUUGUUGGUUUUUUUUUUGGAUUGAGGAUUUUUAAACCACUGAGCCAAAAACAGACUACUUCUCAAUAAGCCUGUCUGCAGAUUGUCGUUCAGACAGUUCUUCCAACUGCAUAAGAUGCCUUCGCUGGGGAGUGACCUGGAACACCAGUUCAGAGAGGAAAGCAGGAAGGAAAUCAACAGGAGAGAGAAUAUUUGUUUUGUUUUAUGUUGUUGUUGUCUGCUGGAAAGGACAGACUUUGGAAUUGCAAUAUGGAAAUGAGGGGUACCCUGAAACUCGUCACUCUUGGGCAAAUCACCAAUGGGUGUGGCUUCGAAUUGCUGCUGUGGACUUGGCUCAUUAACCUGCACCCUUGGCACAAUGAGGAGGGACAGUUAACAGUGAACCUUCAGCACAUGCAGAGGAUUAUAGGUGCAGUAGGAUGUGGCCUCUUACCCUGUCAAUAGUGAAUGGAACAGUAUGUUAAAAUCUGCAUGUUUUUGUCAGCUAGCGUGAAGCAGUGCCAUGGACGAUGAGGAGGGGGAAAAAAGUGAUCUACAUUAUUUACAUUGAGAUUGUGAAUGUGUAGCUCUCUAUCAAUCACACAGAGCAGAGAGUGUGUGUGUGUGUGUGUGUGUGUGUGUGUGUGUGUUUGAGGUUGGGCGGGUUAAACAUAUCGCCUCUUUUACAAUACAAUGGUAAAAUAUUUUGAUUUAGUUUUAUUAUUAUUAGAAGUUAAGAAAUUAUGAUUCACCUUGACAGAGUGACAAUUGAAAAAGUUCAGAUCCACGAGCAUUGGACAGAGCAGCAUGCUUUUUGAGCUCAGCACCAGCAGAAUCUCUUUUGUUACAGUUGUAAAAUACUGUACCGGUAGGAAUAAGAAUAGACUCAGCUUUAGAAGAACGAAAAUAUAUAUCUGAGAAAACUGGUAAUGACAUUUAUAACCAUGAUUAGUAAGAAGUAUUUAGGGUCCUAAUUUUGAAAAUGCUACUGCAUUACACUAUUGGUUAGCUUUAGUUUUGCAGUGUGUAACCUGUUGUACACAAAGAGAAACUGACUGGCACACUGACUGUUUUCUAUUAUCGAUGAUGACUUGUCAACCCUGCGAACUGCACUGAUUUACACUUUUUCUGUUUACUGUAUACAGCUACAGAGCUAUUCAGUUUACAUGACAGUAGGUUCACUUACAUACUAGACUUUUUAAAUUGAACAUCUACAUCCCGGCCAGGAGUAUUUUGAACUGUUUGUUUACACUGUUUGAGAUUUAGUCUGUUGCUUUUCACGGAUUAGGAACUGUAGGCCAGUGGUGGCAUGUUAAAGUAAAGGAUAAAAAAGACACUUUAACAACACUGCUUGUGCUGCCAUCUAGGGGUGGCUGUGCAAUAGAGCAUUUCUCAAUGUACCGUACUCCUAACACUCCAUCACACAUGGAUGCGGUCACAAGUAUAUAAGAACACCUAGCAAAGCCCAGCUGUGAUGAUGGAUGAGGACUUGAGCCUUUUAAUCCAUAAUGAUCAGUGCAGCAGUGCUUUUAGUGUUACUCUUUAGGUGUAAUGAUAAACACUUAAAAAGUAUGUAUUUGCUUAAUGCAUCCCCUUUCUCAGCUAAAGCGUGUGACAGAAUAGAGCUCAGGUACCAGUCGUCCUCUCCCACUCACAGUGAGCAGCAGGCGGCUUCCUGUACUUGCAUCAGUAUUUGCCAUGCUUUCUGUUCUAAACAGCAACCAACGAUGCUGUCUUGUUCUGCCAAUUGUCACCAUGAUAAAUAAUUUCUCUGUCCUCUCAACAUCUAACUACAGGGGAAAUAAUUGCCUUUUGUUUUCCUUACGUUGACAAACUUGUGUUUAAGAUCUGAUAUUUAUGUAAACAGGAGUCUGUCAAACUACGUUGGUGUGCAUGAAGAAGACUUUAUGAAGUUGACUUUAAGAAGUUGAGGCACAUCAGGAUGGGAAUGUUCUAUGAUUUCAGAUUGAAUGCAGAAGAGUGACAAAGAAACCAGCUUCAUUCAUGACUGUUAAAUAGUCAUUGUAGGAGCUGGUAAAUGUAUCAUAUUGUUCAUCUUUGAACAAUAAGUUACAUAUGUUUUUGGCAAUGAAAUAUCCUAAAUAAAGUGUUUUCUGACUGUG